GCUCCCGGUUGGUCUUUGCUCAGUUGUUUCAUCCUUCACACAUGCCACUGCAGCAACACACCUUACCCCCCGCUUCCUCCAGCAUACCUGUAGCCCCUGUAAAGCAGCAGGUCGCUGUCUCCCCCAUAUCGGUACAGGCUUCACCAAGCUCGAACAGCGUUUUUACUGAGGAUGAAGAGGAUUGGGAGGAUUAUGUUAGGGGGGGCUACCACCCUGUUCAUGUUGGGGACGUUUUCGGCGAUGGACGAUACAUAGUCGUUCGAAAACUUGGAUGGGGCCAUUUCAGUACGGUAUGGUUGGCGAGGGACACGAAGAUGAACCGUCACGUAGCCCUCAAAGUUGUCAAAUCUGCUCCGAGGUAUACAGACACAGCCUUGGACGAGAUCAAGCUCCUGCAGCGGAUUAUUUCAUCCGACCCCACCCACCCCGGGACCCAAUGGAACCACGUUUGCAUGGUGUUCGAAGUCCUCGGAGAGAACUUGUUGGGCCUUAUCAAGCGGCAUCAGUCUAAAGGUGUUCCUGCACACCUUGUCAAACAGAUCGCAAAACAAGUUCUUCUUGGGUUGGACUAUAUGCAUCGGCAAUGUGGGGUCAUACAUACCGAUUUGAAGCCCGAGAACGUGCUUGUGUGCAUCGAGGAUGUUGAAGCGGUAGUUCAGGCCGAAUUACAGUCAACUCCGGCAGCCGCUCCGACGGUACUUGUGGGUGUUCCGCCGAGUAAAGGAAGGGGUGGGAACCAGAGCCAAGCCCCCCGUUCUGAUUCGAUUUUCAUCACUGGCUCCCAACCAUUACCCAGCCCAAGCAGUAGCAGCAGCCUAGGUUCCAGCUCGGGCGUCGACAAAUGGAACCUUGCCAUGACAAGCAUAAAGAACGAUAAACCAGGCUCUAAUAAGGUCUCCACUAAUGGUUCAAGUCCGUCAAUGUCUGCUGAUGCAGUCGACCGUGCUGCUGACGCAAUGGGCGGUGUGAAGUUGGACCCUCACUUCGGUGAACACGUUACUCCCCCCAAACCCAUGCACGGGCCUUCCCUUCUUUCGCAACAAGCGCCGCACGCAGCGGGAGAUAGGGAACAUUUUCCUCAUUCACAUUCUGCCCCAAAUGGACAUAAUACCAGCUACCCUGGCUCUCCUAUGUCGACGGACUUUCCCUCACAUUCACACAGAGACGAGCUCAAACUUGUUUCCGAUGAUACAGACUCCUCCACUUCUUCCAUUGAAGCAAUGGAGCGCAUUACAGUUAAGAUUGCUGAUCUUGGGAACGCGUGUUGGGUCGAUCAUCAUUUCACGGACGACAUCCAGACGAGGCAAUACCGUUGUCCGGAGGUCAUCUUAGGUGCGAAGUGGGGGACGAGUGCGGAUAUUUGGAGCGCUGCUUGUCUCAUUUUCGAGCUCUUGACGGGUGGAGAUUAUUUGUUCGAUCCUCAGAAUGGAUCGAAGUAUAGUAAGGACGACGAUCAUAUCGCUCAAAUCAUCGAACUUGUUGGAGAGUUCCCGAAGACCAUUGCGUUCUCUGGACGGUAUAGCAGCGACUUUUUCAAUCGCAAAGGUGAACUUAGACACAUUCACCGAUUAAGAUUUUGGCCCAUCGAAAGCGUCCUGCACGACAAGUAUCUCCUCCCCAAGGAUGAAGCUGAUCUGAUCGGCUCCUUCCUUACUCCAAUGCUUCGCCUGAAUCCGGAACGACGUGCGCGCGCGUCCGAAAUGAUUCAUCAUCAGUGGCUUGAUGGGAUCUUGGUGCAAGGUGAGAUCGAUCAGAUCCGAGCGACCGAAGAGAGGGAGCAGCAGAAGAGGGAAGCCGCACGUAGGGAAGUCGCCUCCCUUGACUCACCUGGUUAUGGACACAUGCGGCACGUUUCUAGCGAAAUCAAGGAAUCUACCUCAGGUGCGAAGAGGUUGAGUGGCGUCGUUCCGAACGGUGAUGCAGAUGCGCUCAAGCCUGUUGGUGAAGUCCCUCCGUCUCCAGCGGAAAUCACACCGCCGCAUACGUCGUCCGCUCAUCAUCGGCUUUUCAGCUUCAAGAUGCUCCAUCGAACUCACGCGACCGGUCAUCUACCUCUCACGGGAAGUCGACUAGCUCACACACCAGUGAAUCCCAUCAGACAUCGGCGUCGAAUCCUCGAACUCGCCAGGUGA